ACGGACAGGGACCGAACCCGCUGGCGCUUUCACGGUGGAUUGACCCGGGGAGUCUUUGCCAAAGCGACGUCUGCUACGGAACAUCUUUCGAGUGCCUCCGUUUCAGGUGCCACGCUGCUGACACAGCACACACCACACACACACACGCGCGCAACCAAACACACAAACCCUCGCACACACGCAGUCAGCCUCCCGUGCCAAGGAGGAAUAGCACAACGAAGCAAAGUGUGGCCGCGAUUAGAGUUCCAGCGCCCAUCCUCCAAACUGGUUGGGCCAGGUGUGUGUUAGCCUCUAGUGUGCUUCUGGUACUGUGUCGGGUACCAAGUCUCUAGCACGGACGACGCCAAGUGUCAACCACCGCCUAAACCGAUCAACCUCGGGUCACUGCAGCCCGAUCGGUUUACACCGACGAGACUGUACCGUACCGGUUCUUACGCACGGGAACGACGUUCUACCACAAGCCGGGCAGAAUAACCGCCAGGAAGCGUAACCACCGCACCGCAACCACCUUUCUGGAAGAAUAGCAUCCUCGUGGCUAUUCUCCUCGCAGAAAAAGGAAAUUCUCUCCGGCAAGAAUCCUCUCGUUCGGCGUCUCUGACAAAAAAAGAGGCUACGUGAGUGAUUACUUCCGCCGCCGUGAAUCAACGUCUCUCCGGUGCGAUCCUUGUGGCUAACGAUCGUGCUGGUGCGAAACGAGUGACGGUAUCACAAGUUCUGCUCCCCCCCGCGAUUCCGACCAGAACCCAGCGUUAGAUCGUCCGCGCGUGUAAGUGGUGGUGAAAAUCUGCGCGGAAACGGAACGGUGGUGAAACGGAAUUCAAAAAGUGCUUGAAACGAGUGUGCGUCGAGUGGUGGUGGGCACGCGGAGGUGCUCGGAAGAUAAAUUACGAAAAGAGCGAAAGAAAGUGGCACGCUGGUGCACAACAGAAGCAAAAAGUGAGAAUUUACUGCAAUGAUGAUCAUCUAAGCAACCCCCUGUUCUUCACGCAGAACCCUUCGAAAGUGCACUAAGGGCAAAUUGUCGGUUGUUUGUUGGCCGAAAAAAAAACAAACAAACAAAAGCAAAAACAUCCUUAAACACACAAACACGCGCGCAGCUCGUAUCAUCAUCGAUAUCUUACACACACGCAGACACAGACCAGUGCUCAUCUGCUUCUUACAGUCCUCUGUCGGUGCAUACAUCAGCUUCCUCGGUAGCGCACCGGGUGCUACGUUGUCUCUAGUGUUUGCAACAGUGUUGACGGUGGUGUGCCUGGUUCCUUAUAUUGUUGUAUAAUGCAAUAGCUUUUUAGUGAUAUUAUUCAUCUUCCGUGUGUGUGUGUGACGCGAUUGUCCUUCGUGUGGUGCGUGUGUUGUGCCUACCGAACAAGUGCAACGAAAUUUGGUGCUCACCGAGCAUCAGUGCACGCGAUCGUCGAUCGUGUCGAUAGCAUCCACGCCACCACAGUGCAAGGAGUGCUCAUUUUGGCGACCGCACUGCCGGGCAACUGCGGCUGGCAACGACGACCCAACGGAGGACUGGUACGCUACCACGCGAAAACUACGACCGAACUCAUCACCCCUAGCCGGUGGUUUUGCAGUCGAGCAGCUGAUCCGGCAUCUGUUCGGCGCCGAUCAGCCAACCAUCAUCGUCACAGUGACAGCGAUUGUUAUUGGACUUCUCAUAGAGCUACGAUUACAUGAAGCUUGGACACUGUACGUCUGGUGGUGGAUCAUUUUGAUCAGAAACUGCCUUGCUUCCAUGACCACAUCGGGCGAUCCGUCAGCGACUGGACCUGACAGACCGUGCGGGAUCACCGCACUGCUGCCGAUCGGUAUGUCUUGCCGGAGCCGUGCCGAAGCCUUCGCCCGAAGCUUGCAGUCCCGUUUGCGGAAUCUUGGCUCCCAGGGCAGCACCGGUGAUGACGAUGAGGACGAAGGUCGGCUUACGGCGGAGGAGCAACAGCAACAGCACACGGAAAACACCUGGCUAUCGGCGACCGCCAACGACCCGACAGGCGUAACGAGCCUGCAGCCUCUGCGCAUGAUAGUAGCGAACGAGGCCGACUCCUGCUUUGACUUUGGCCUGGAAGCGGAAAGUCCCAGCUCGCCGGUGGAAGAAUGCGAAUACACCCGACUGAUCGAAACGGCAACCGCCACACCGACCGGUUUACCGUUGGCCACCGCUACUCCACCACCGCUUAACGAUCCGGCGAUAGUGCAAGCACCCGAAUCGGGCUACGUCUGCUCAUCGCCCUGCUCCACGCCUCAGGGUUCGGCGGCAAGCAGCAGUCACAGCAGUUCCUCCGACUGUCAGUUCUACGACCCGGACAGUUCCGAUCCAGAGCAACGGUCGGCCAGCGGCUGUGAGUACUACGAUUGCCCGAUUGUACCGGGCGGGGCUGGAGGGCGAUCAACGGGCGCGGGACCGUACUCGACAUUGACGAGCGGCAGUGGGCAGCGUGGUCCGAACGCCACGGUAAGCGAGGACGCACCGAUCGCACACAUACCCCCAGUAGUAGCAGCUACCUCAGCGAAUAGCAAUCCUUUUAACGCGCCCAGCCUAUCUAGUCAGACGGCGAACGGACACGUGCCGGGGUACACCGCGGCCAGCACGCUCGUCGACAGUGACAGCUGUUCCGAGUCCCUGCCACCGUCCCAGUCGACCGAGUCGAACCAUUCUACCUUCACCGGGAUGAGCUCGAACAGCAACAGCACGCUGCAGGACGUGACGAUGGAACCGCUGGACGAUCAGACGGGGUGCGAUAUGCCGGACAGUGCCACCCACAGCUCGGCGGCAUCCCAUCGGAUGGGCAACGGGCAUGCGAUCAUGCCGCGCGGUACCGUCAUCAAUGCCGACACGGAGCUCGGCCUAAUGAGCCACGGGUUAAAGUAUGAAGAGGACGCCGAACUGUUGCACGCCGGGGGAGCAGGAGACACCGUUGCUGCCGCAUUGGCCGGCGGCGAACAGUGCACCGCCCACGGAGCGACAAUCCAGAUAGCGGCGGUCGAGAAGAUACUGCACGAUUGCACCCAGAACCACGAGGAGGAGCUGGAGGAGGAAGACGGGGACAGGAAGCAUGCUGGGCGACGGGCCACGAUGUCGUCGGGCGAUGAGGACGAGGAGGAGAGCAAACCCCAGCGCAUACGGCGAUGCUCGUCGCUGAAGACGGGCAAAACGCCGCCGGGUACGCCGGGCCGGAAGAAGAUCGUCCGAUUUGCCGAUGUGCUCGGGCUCGAUCUGACCGACGUGCGGACGUUUAUGGACGAGGUGCCGAAGGUGCCCCAGUCCGCAUUCGAGGAUCUGACGAUCGCGCCGGCCGCCGAGCAACCGAUGCCGGAAAUCAUAAGCCUCGGACCGAAGGCGGACCGGGUGCUGGUGCCGCUGUUCCAGCAACCGGGCGCCCUGCCCUGCUUCCUCGACCGGGUGCGCGAAAAGCAGGUGAACCUGGAGAAUGCGGCCGUCACCGAUCCGAUCACGCUCACCAUCACCGGCACGGUGCGCGUGCGGAACCUCGACUUCCACAAGUCGGUGUACGUGCGGUACACGCUCGACAACUGGCGCAGCUAUGCCGACCUGCAGGCCGUGUACGCGGAGAACUCGUGCGACGGGUUUUCGGACAAGUUUAGCUUCACGCUGCACGGCAACUCGGUGCAGGUCGGUCAGCGCAUCGAGAUGGCCAUCCGGUUUCACUGCAGGGGCGAACAGUUCUGGGAUAACAAUUACGACACGAACUACGUCUUCCAGUGUCUGCCGAUCACGCAACCGACACCGAUGAGCUCGCUGAGUCGUGCGCCACUGGCCGGGGCACCGGGCAGCUCCACCAUUGCCUCCCUGCUGCUACCCACCUCGGAACCGGCCUGGUGUAGCAAUUUCUACUAAAGCAACAUCAUCGCCCGUUUGGUUCGAGUGUGUAGUAUUAAAGGAAAGGAAGUGGGUUUUUUUUGUUGGUUGUUGUUGUUGUUUUUGUAAUUCGAAUUGAAAUUUGAAUUUGAAAUUUGACAACGAGUCCGAGUCGAGCCGUAACGAUUUCGGGACGACCCCUUGGAGUAGACCGAACUCGACGAACUCACGGGCACCACCGGGUCGUCCCGAAACGGGUUGGAACCUUGGUGUACGAUCCAAACGAUUCUGGGUCGCUUACGGAUGGCUCCGCCCCUCACACUCAGGUUCGGGUCGACCCGCCCCUCACUGCUUCAAACGUUACGAACGUGAAGCCACUCGAAACGAGGUAAAGUAUUGAAUUUGAACGAAAAUUGGCAAAAAAUCUUCCCAUCCCAAAAAAGGCGAACUAGUGUGACGAGUGAGGAGUACAGGCUAAGAAGAAUAAUACGGUAGUGUCCUGUUGAAAGCUUUAGUAGACUAAUCCUCCGAACCGCCUGUGGUAGAGACUCUGCAUAGCGUUUAUUGAAAUGGAAAACCGGGGGGACGCUGGGAAGAUGAGAUUAGUGCAUGAGAGGAGCAUGAGAAUGUUAUGUUUGCGAAAGUUUAUUUUAAAAUACACACACCAUGUAACAUGUACCGUUAAUUUGAGUGUUAUUUGUUUUAUAGGAAAGCUAGGUGUAAAUAACGAACUCGAACCGUCUGUUGGAAGGAAAAGUGAACAGUGAAGUAAGAAAAGGGGGCAAUCGAGAAAGGAUGCCCCACGAGCGCACGCGCCCCACGAGCGCAAGGUUUGAAGGCGCGAUCGGAAAAGAACAAGAGGACAAACGCUAUAAUAAACACUGUGUCUUAUGUAUGAUGGUAAAGCAGAUCACUGUAGCCGAUCACGGGCAUCUCCAGCGUUAGAAUGUAACAUGCAAAUCCCAAAGUUUAGUAAUGGUAGGAAUAGCGAUGUAAUGAAUUAUGCUGACUGUUGUUAUGCUGGUGCACAUCCGCCGAUCGGAGGAGGGGCGGGAAAACGGGAUGGCAAACGGGUGCGCACGGAUGUACAUGACAUACACAGACAAACACACACUCACACACUCAGUUUAGAAGAAGUUGAAUAAAGUGAGCAAUUAUUGAAGUA